GGGGCAUUUCUAGGCUGUAUGCGUGAUCAAAACGGUCUUAUUUCAAAAUAUUAACACCUAUAAAGUUGACUAUUAUUUUUAGUUAAUCGUAAAGUUUUGUAAUAUGCUUAUGACUUGCGAAUGUAAUGCAGGCUUAAUGACGCAUGCAUCCUGCAUAUGCGACCUCCGCAGGCUGCAGUUUGAAACGGAAGGGCGGAGCUAAAAGUGGGCGGACUGAUAUCGACGGCAGCGGGGCGGAGCUAGACGGAAGACUGAAAACAGCGUGCUCUCUGUAUACAUAGUGGAACGUGCCAAUUUAAGUUUGUGACAGACAGUGUCAGACAGAAGCACAGAAGGUUUAUCAAGAUUCGAAGAGUUGAUAUUUAACAGAACCUGGUUUGCGACUGACAUCACUCGUUUCACCUGGCGUGGGAGCCGAAAUUUAAAGACAGCAAAAGGGAUUCUGACAUGCACUUUCAGAAAUCACCAAAGGAAAAGGCGUGUUACCCUCUGCCCACAGUGAAGAAACUCCUGGAGCAGAAGAGAAAAAGGGAGACUUCCUCAGCACCCCCUUCCUGCUCUACAGUGACUUACACUGCUGGUGGACCUGCAUCUGCGCUGACAUCCGUUCAAUCUCCCACUGCCGGGGCCAGUGUUAGCUACCCAGACAUGGGAGCUGUUAGAUACGACAGAUGGGAAGUUCCCAGCAUUCAUCAGCCUCAUUCUUCCCUACAGCAGUGCAAUCCGUUUCAAUUCAUGUCCAACUUUUCUCAGACUGGACAGACUCUUGGUACUGGCUACAGCUCUCGGCAGAUGCAGGAGUGCCACGAUGCCCAGACAACACAGCAAUAUUCAAUCACAGUCGAUUGUCCUGUUACUGCAUCUGGGACUGAUAUGACCGGAACUGUCUCUGCUCAGAGUUCCAUACAGUGUUGGCCAUCUCAAUCCAGAGAAGAUCACGCCACCCCGUAUCUUCAGGAUUACAGGACACAGAUGGAUAUGGUGAAGCUACAAGAGGCUCGAGUCUUCCUGCAGAAUAUGGAUUACAGUAGAACCACCUGGCAGGAUGAUGACGGGGACACGAUUUUACAUAUCUACACGGCUAAAGGUUUGAGGGAAUAUGCUUAUGCUGCUGCAGAGAAACUUUUUGAACUGGGGAAGUUGGACUCCAAGGAGCACAAGGGCAAGACUGCUUUGCUGGUGGCUGUAGCAGCCAAUCAGCCAGAGAUAGUCCAAGACUUACUCUCACUUGGUGCAGACAUCACCACAUGUGAUGUUAAUGGUCAAACCGCACUUCAUCUGGCUGCCACCUAUGGUUUCCCCCGAGUCAUGCAGGUUAUUCUUUCCACUGGACUCAGAGUGGACCUGGAGGCUCGUAAUUUUGAAGGUCUGACUGCUCUGCACUGUGCUGUGAUCUCUCACUGUGGGACGAUGAAGGCUAUAAAUGCCUGCUCCUCAUCUUCAACAUGGCUCGCUGAUGGCAGUCUGCAGACUCAGGCAGAAGAUAAACUGAUGUGCUUGCGGUUAAUUAUAAAUGCUGGGGCCACAAUAACCAGCCAGGAAAUCAAAAGCAACAAGACAGUUCUUCACCUGGCAGUGAAGGAGGGGAAUAUCCAUCUCGUGCGCUUUCUCUUGAGUCUGCCGUUCCCUGAUAUGCCGGCCUUCAUCAACCUGAAAGCUCACGGGCACACAGCCCUCCACAUGGCCGCGGGGCUUCAUGGAAGCCCCUGUCAGGAGGAAUUGAUCAGGCUGCUGCUGAGAUGUGGAGCUGAUCCCAGCAUCCGCAACCUAGAAAACGACCAACCCGCUCAUCUACUGCAGAGCGGGGACAGAGGAGAAAGGCUCAAACUCAUCUUGAAGAAGAAAAGUGCCUCUAGACGGCGUUUUACAUCCUUACAGGACCAAGAGUGACUAGGACUACUUUUAUAGUCCCAAUGUACCCCACCUUUUCAAUAGAGAUACCGUCAUCUGCAAACAAUAGUAUGUAUACUUCAGUCUUAAAAAAUAUCAGCCAUCAUCAAGAGUUUUGAUUAGAUCAUUGUCAGAUUAGAAUGAAAUAAAUAGUUAAAUUCGAAUGAACUAGGUUAUCUCUGGAGGAGGAUGGGUUUUACCUAUAGUAUCUUCUUAUGGGGAUUUUUACGUAUUGCAUCAUUUUAGUAUGACAGUAUAGUGCAGAUUGGAUUCUGCAUCAUAAAACUGAUUCACAGUUAAUGUAAAACCUCACUCAGUGAUUGGGUGUUAUUAUGUAGCAUGAAGAAAGCGAUCAUACAUGACUAUGUAUUUAUAGUGAUUUCAAUGAAAUCGUCAUUAGGACUGUCAGUACCAGUCUAGGUAUAAUUUAUGAACCAUAUUGGUUCGUUUAUAUGAACAACUGGAACCCACUGUGUGGUGAAUUGUUUUUUUUGGUUUUUUUUUAACGUAUUUAUAUUGUAUUUGGUUGUUGUAUGUUGCAUAUUAUUAUUUUGUGAUCUACAAAAGAGAGUUCUAGAAUUGUUACCUUAAAAAUAAUGUCUCUUAAAUGGGUAUUUGCCUCACAGCAUAGAACUCUCUUCCUAUCAAGAACCAUUUUUACUGUGUAUAAAGUUCUUGAGUUGCUCUAUUGUUCUUUGGAGUAUUGAAUCAUUCCUCAGAUCAACAUUAUGGUACCUAUAAAACACCACAUAGAAGCUUUUAGAGGAUUAAAAUAGAAAAAGGUUCUCAUAUGAUGUCACUGUACAAACCUCAUUAGUUCCAACUGGAACUUUCUUUAUCAAAGAAUGUAUGUUACUUUCUCUCAGGGAGAAGAUCAGUUACAGUAUUUAUUACAUUGUAUGAUUAACAUGACAUUAGUUUCUGAUGUAAUGUGCAUUACUCAGUAGCACAUAUGAUAUCAUAGAUGUCUAUACAGGAGAUUUGUCAUUUGUGAAUAUGUUAUUUUGAUGAUUCAUAUGAGGGCGUGAAAUGUCAGGGGUUCUGAGGUUAAACUAUACUCAACCACACUGCUGUUGUCUUUAAGACCAUAGUAUCAAGAUCGUAAGGUUGUAAUCAUCAUUAAGAUGUAACUGAUUUAAGUAUAAAAGUAUGAUUUUUGUAAUGUGGGGAUAAUAUCUAUCUUGUAUCAAGAUUUUAUAUAAUAGAGGUUGAGUCAGAUGUACGAAGAGAAAGGCAGACGGUUUAUAACCUGCAUGAUUCAUUGUGUUGAAGUACCUACAGAGUCCCUCAGGAAAUUCAAAUGAGGGAAAACACGCUAAUGUCACUUUCUUGUAAAACAAAGGGAGGACUGUGGAUUUAUGAGAAUUGAUUCACUUUUAUAACAAAGACAAAGCGUUCACUUUGCUAUGAGUUCAUUUGUGGAGCUGAUUCAUUUGUGAAACUGAUCACUGUUUUAGUAAACAUUGUAAACACAGUAAUGAAUAAAACCAUUGACAAAACCAAUGUCUAUAAAAUCUAGCAUUAAAAUUUGCUGUGC